GCCAACGGAGCGCAGGGAACGCGGAGCCCUGUCCCUGCCUCCGCAUAGGGGAGACAGGUGAGCACCCUGUGCAGUCAGACCCGGCCCUGCUGGGCGUCCACUCUCCCUCCGGGGGGUGUUCGGCCAGGAACCUGGGAUCCUGAGAGAGCUGCCGGGAGUCCAAUCUUCGAGGGCGGUUUGGUGGAGCGGGGCCUCUCUGGGGCUGAUGCGUUCCCUAAGGUCCCCACUGUCUCCUGGGUGAGCUCGAGGGGCGCGGCCGCCCCACGGGGACCAUGUCAGAGAUGCUCCUGCUCAGGUCUGCCAACUCCAUCCUGAGGACCGUGUUCUUAAGCAGACUGCUGCCAGGUGGGCCUGGGUGCGUUCGCAAACUUAGUUUGAACCUGUGGUACCAGCAAGGAAUAAGGCCGAAUGUGACAAGCAGCUCCCUGACUGAUGGGCAGACGCUCUCCAAAGAGUCCCUAAGCCAUGCUCUCGCGCUCUCAUCCCCAAAGAAGGAGAAGGAUGCCCAGCUGGAUGGGUCAGAGGAGAAGCUGUGGACAACGCGGGCAGAUGGACGCGUGCGCACGCGCUUUCACCCCACCUGCCCACAGCCUCCUUACACCGUGCACCAGAUGUUCUCCGAGACCCUGGACAAGUAUGGGGACCUCCGUGCUAUAGGCUUCAAGCGCCAGGGCACGUGGGAGCACAUCUCCUACUCCCAGUACUACCUGCUGGCCCGAAAAGCCGCCAAGGGCUUCCUGAAGCUCGGCCUGGAGCGGGCACACAGCGUGGCCAUCCUCGGCUUCAACUCCCCGGAGUGGUUCUUCUCGGCGGUGGGCACGGUAUUUGCAGGCGGCAUUGUCACCGGCAUCUACACCACCAGCUCCCCCGAGGCCUGCCAGCACAUCGCCCAUGACAGCCGUGCCAACAUCAUUGUGGUUGACACACAGAAGCAACUGGAAAAGAUCCUGAAGACCUGGAAAGACCUGCCCCAUCUGAAGGCUGUAGUGAUAUACGGAGAAGCGCCUCCAGAGAAGAUGGCCAGUGUGUACACGAUGGAGGAGCUCAUGGAGCUGGGGGAUGAGCUGCCCGAGGAGGCCCUGGACUCCAUCAUCAACGCCCAGCAGCCAAAUCAGUGCUGCGUGCUGGUCUACACCUCCGGCACCACCGGGAGCCCCAAGGGCGUGAUGCUAAGUCAAGACAACAUCACGUGGACAGCACGGUACAGCAGCCAGGCCGGCAACAUCAAGCCCGCGGAAGUCCAGCAGGAGGUGGUGGUCAGCUACCUGCCCCUCAGCCACAUCGCCGCUCAGAUCUACGACUUGUGGACGGGCAUCCAGUGGGGGGCCCAGGUCUGCUUCGCCGAGCCCGACGCCCUAAAGGGGAGCCUGGUGAACACGCUGCGGGAGGUGGAGCCCACGUCCCACAUGGGGGUGCCUCGAGUGUGGGAGAAGUUCAUGGAGCAGAUCCAGGCAGUGGCGGCUCAGUCUGGCUUCAUCCGGCGCAAGAUGCUGCUCUGGGCCAUGUCGGUGACCUUGGAGCAGAACCUCACCUGCCCAGGCAGCGACCUGAAGCCCUUCACGGCCAGACUGGCCGAUUACCUGGUGCUCGCCAAGGUCCGCCAGGCGCUGGGCUUUGCCAGGUGUCAGAAGAGCUUCUACGGGGCGGCCCCCAUGACCGCCGAGACGCAGCACUUCUUCCUGGGCCUCAACAUGCCCUUGUACGCGGGCUACGGCCUCAGCGAGACCUCGGGCCCCCACUUCAUGUCCAGCCCCUGCAGCUACCGGCUCCACAGCUCUGGCAAGGUGGUGCCAGGCUGCCUGGCGAAGCUGGUGAACGAGGAUGCCGAGGGCAUCGGGGAGAUCUGUCUGUGGGGCCGCACCAUCUUCAUGGGCUACCUGAACAUGGAGGACAAGACGCGGGAGGCCAUCGACGCCGAGGGCUGGCUGCACACUGGGGACAUGGGGCGCCUGGACACGGACGGCUUCCUCUACAUCACCGGGCGCCUCAAAGAAUUACUUAUCACAGCCGGUGGAGAGAACGUGCCCCCUGUGCCCAUCGAGGAGGCCGUGAAGAUGGAGCUGCCCAUCGUCAGCAAUGCCAUGCUGAUCGGGGACCAGAGGAAGUUCCUGUCCAUGCUGCUCACCUUGAAGUGUGUGCUGGACCCAGACACCUCCGAGCCGACGGACAGCCUAACUGAACCAGCUGUGGCCUUCUGCCAGAGGGUGGGCAGCAAAGCCACCACUGUGUCUGAGAUCGUGGGCACCAAGGACGAGGCCGUGUAUCAGGCCAUUGAGCAGGGGAUCCAGAGGGUCAACAAGAACGCAGCUGCCCGACCCUACCGCAUCCAGAAGUGGGCCAUUCUCCAGAGGGACUUCUCCAUUUCGGGUGGAGAGUUGGGUCCCACAAUGAAGGUGAAACGGCUCACGGUUCUGGACAAGUACAAAGACAUCAUCGACUCCUUUUACCAAGAGCAGAAGUAAUCGGGGCCAUCCUCCCAGUUUCCGCUGAAGAUGGCAGGCCUCUUGGAGGUCAUCCUGGGCUCCGGGUCCCCCUCGGUCUGGGCACACUGAUGCCCAGCAAGGUUGUGAGGUCUCCGCAUCCGGCCACGGCACUGGUGUCCACGUUUACCGGGUCUGGCACCAGCAGCCGCUGACGAUCCCAGAAGCUUCACGUGUGGAUAGUUUUACUUUUAAGCAUUGCUUUUUGUUCAGGUGACAAAUGAGAUCAGCUCAUUUGUCAUAAAGGGCGGGCUGCUGGCUCGUGUAGGGGAGGACGGAGAGGGACGGCCAGAGUUACGUGGCGCGCCGCAGGAGAGCCCACGGUCAGGCCGACCUCCUCUGGACCCACGGCCGCUGCCCACCCCGCUGUGCCAGCCCUGGGCGCUGGGCACCUCACACUUGCCGACUGACCUGACGCUUAAUAAAACCGCUGUUGCCUGUUUGUACUGUGAUUUGAAUAUUAAACCGUUUAAC